AUGGUGAGACUUCCUUUCAAGGAAAAUGUAACUCAGCGGUUGGGUGACAACAAGAAAUCGGCUCUGCAUCGUUUUCGCUUGUUGGAGAAUCGGCUGUCUCGUAAUGCUUCGAUCGCUCAGCAGUAUCGGGAUUUCAUGGCUGAGUAUGCGCAACUUGGCCACUUGGCACCACUCAGUGACUUCGGAGGAGAGCUCCAUCCGAAGUACUAUUUACCACAUCAUCCAGUGAUUAAAGAGAGCAGCACGACCACGAAGCUACGCGUAGUUUUCGAUGCGUCUAGCAAGACCAGCUCGGGAAUUUCACUCAACGACGCUCUUCUUGUCGGUCCGGUCGUACAGGACGAUUUGCGAUCGAUUGUUAUGCGUUCCCGAACCCACGAAGUCAUCCUAAUUGCAGACGCCGAAAAAAUGUAUCGCCAAGUAUUACACUUCAUCGACGAUUAUGCAUACCUUUGCAUCUUCUGGCGAUCAUAUCCGGACCAACCACUACAAACUUUCGUUCUCAAGACCGUCACGUAUGGGACUGCAUCGGCUCCUUAUUUGGCGACACGUGUCCUAAAGCAGCUAGCUAGUGACGAGGCCGAUAAUUUCCCAAUAGCAGCAAAGGUCGUCGAGAAGGAUUUUUAUGUCGAUGACUUGUUUUCUGGAGCAGCAACCGUAGCAAAGGCAAUCAAGCUUCGGGAGCAACUCGACGCCAUGCUUUCCCGGGGAGGCUUCCAGCUAAGAAAAUGGGCAUCAAACUGUGAGACCGUUCUAGAGGGCAUCCCGCAUGAAAACCGUGCUCUUCAGCAUUCCAUUGAUCUCGAUCGUGAUCAAACGAUCAAAACGCUCGGUUUGCACUGGGAACCAGCAUCCGAUCGUCUCAAGUACAAAAUCGAUCUACUUCUACCACCAAACGCCGUACUCACGAAACGUCUAACGCUGUCCUACAUUGCCCAGCUCUUCGAUCCGUUGGGACUUGUCGGUCCAGUCGUCGUAAUGGCCAAGGCGUUCAUGCAAACACUCUGGACUCUCCGGGAUGAUAACGGAGCGGUUUGGGAAUGGGAUCGAGAACUUCCAACCAGUCUACGAAAUCAAUGGAUCAACUAUCACUCCAAUCUUCCUUCGCUAAACGAAUUGAGAAUAGAUCGCUUCGUUCUUCUCGCGAACUCGGUCGAUACACAACUUCACCUGUUCUCGGAUGCUUCCGAUAUUGGAUACGGCACCUGCGCCUAUUUAAGGUCAAUCAACAACCGUGUACAAAUCAAAAUUGCUCUUCUGACUUCCAAGUCCAGAAUCGCCCCGCUGAAGAAGCAAAGCACUCCUAGGCUCGAACUGUGUGGUGAUCUACUCUCCGCCGAGUUGUACCAACGAAUCACCGCUUCUCUUCAGAUCACCUUUACCACGUAUUUCUGGACUGAUUCCACAACAGUCAUCAAUUGGCUCAAGUCUACUCCAUCUGCUUGGACUACGUUUGUUGCCAACAGGGUUUCCAAUAUUCAGCAUGCGACUCAGCACUGUGUUUGGAACCACAUCGCAGGUCUGCAAAACCCAGCUGACGUCAUAUCUCGCGGUUGCUUAGCAUCGGAUCUCAUCCAUAACAAACUCUGGUGGAGAGGAUCAAAAUGGUUGCAAAAGGAGAAGGAAUAUUGGCCUGUUCCUGAACAGCACUGCGGAUCUACUGAUCAUAGCAACACGGAACGACGAAAGAUUAUGACAGUUUUUGCUACUGCUACCACAACAUCCUCAUUCAUCGACGGUUAUGUAGCCAAAUUCUCCAACUACACGAAGAUGGUACGAACUACUGCCUAUUAG